UUCGCCGGUGGUGGUUGCUGGUAGUUGAUCCUUCUUCUGGUGGUCGGAUCUGAAGCCUUUCUCGAAGGAUGUUGGUCUCCAAGAACCUGCCUUGGCGGCGGCUGCAAGGCAUUUCCUUCGGCAUGUAUUCGGCUGAGGAGCUCAAGAAAUUAAGUGUUAAAUCCAUUACGAACCCUCGUUAUGUGGACGGUCUAGGAAACCCAUCCGGAAAUGGUCUCUAUGAUUUAGCCUUGGGCCCUGCAGAUUCCAAGGAAGUAUGCUCCACCUGCGUGCAGGACUUCAGCAACUGCUCUGGGCACCUGGGCCACAUUGAGCUUCCACUGACAGUGUAUAACCCUCUCCUCUUUGAUAAACUCUACCUGUUGCUCCGAGGCUCCUGUUUAAAUUGCCACAUGCUGACUUGUCCCCGGGCUGUAAUUCACCUAUUGGUCUGCCAGCUAAGAGUUCUGGAAGUUGGGGCCCUACAAGCAGUCUAUGAGCUUGAACGAAUUCUGAACAGGUUUCUGGAAGAAAAUGCUGAUCCUUCUGCCACUGAAAUUCAGGAAGAGUUAGAAGAAUACACAACCCAAAUUCUGCAAAACAACCUCUUGGGGUCCCAAGGUGCACAUGUAAAAAAUGUGUGUGAAAGCAGGAGCAAACUCAUUGCUUACUUCUGGAAGACACAUAUGACUGCUAAGCGAUGUCCCCACUGCAAGACUGGGCGGUCACUUGUCCGAAAGGAGCACAACAGUAAGCUGACAGUCAUGUACCCAGCUGUGGUGCACAAGAAAUCUGACCAGAAGGACACAGAGGAUCCAGCUUCAGGAAUUGAGGAAGCUCAGAUGGGAAAACGAGGGUAUUUAACACCUAGCAGUGCCGAAGAACAUCUUUUUGCCAUUUGGAAGAAUGAAGGAUUCUUUUUGAAUUACCUCUUUUCUGGACUUGCUGUGGGCACAGAAGCGAGAUUCAAUCCCAGUAUGUUUUUUCUUGAUUUUGUGGUGGUGCCACCCUCCAGGUAUCGUCCCGUCAAUCGCCUGGGGGACCAAAUGUUUACCAAUGGCCAGACUGUGAACCUGCAAGCUGUCAUAAAAGACGUAGUUCUAAUCCGAAAACUUCUGGCAUUGAUGGCCCAAGAACAGAAGCUGCCCUGUGAGGUUGUAGCACUCACCACAGACAAGGAAAAUGACUCUUCAAUUGCUAUGGACCGAUCCUUUUUAAGUAUGCUUCCAGGCCAGUCUCUCACAGACAAGCUUUAUAACAUUUGGAUUCGACUUCAGAGCCAUGUCAAUAUCGUGUUUGAUAGCGAGAUGGAUAAAUUAAUGAUGGAAAAGUACCCUGGCAUUAGACAGAUCCUGGAGAAGAAGGAAGGACUUUUCCGAAAGCAUAUGAUGGGAAAGCGAGUAGAUUAUGCAGCACGCUCAGUCAUCUGCCCAGAUAUGUACAUCAACACCAAUGAAAUUGGCAUUCCCAUGGUGUUUGCCACAAAAUUGACCUACCCUCAGCCAGUUACCCCCUGGAAUGUCCAGGAAUUGAGGCAAGCAGUCAUUAAUGGCCCCAAUGUGCAUCCAGGAGCCUCCAUGGUCAUCAACGAGGAUGGCAGUCGCACAGCUCUAAGCUCUGUGGACAUAACCCAGCGGGAAGCUGUGGCUAAACAGCUUCUGACACCAGCCACCGGGGCCCCGAAGCCCCAGGGGACAAAAAUUGUUUGCCGGCACAUAAAGAAUGGAGACAUUCUUCUACUGAACCGACAGCCCACCCUGCAUAGACCAUCCAUCCAGGCCCACCAUGCUCGUAUCCUACCUGAAGAGAAAGUCCUUCGGCUCCACUAUGCCAAUUGCAAGGCCUAUAAUGCUGACUUUGAUGGAGAUGAGAUGAACGCCCACUUCCCUCAGAGUGAGCUGGGUCGAGCAGAGGCCUAUGUCCUGGCCUGUACUGAUCAACAGUACCUUGUUCCCAAGGAUGGCCAGCCAUUGGCAGGACUGAUCCAAGAUCACAUGGUCUCAGGUGCAAACAUGACUAUUCGGGGUUGCUUUUUCACCCGAGAACAGUAUAUGGAGCUGGUAUACCGAGGACUCACAGACAAAGUAGGACGCGUGAAGCUCCUUCCUCCUGCCAUUCUGAAGCCCUUUUCACUGUGGACUGGAAAGCAGGUUGUAUCAACACUGCUCAUAAACAUAAUCCCAGACGACUACAUUCCACUGAACUUAACUGGAAAGGCUAAAAUCAGUGGGAAAGCCUGGGUGAAAGAAACUCCUCGGCCUGUUCCUGACUUUAACCCUGACUCCAUGUGUGAGUCUCAGGUGAUCAUCAGGGAAGGGGAGCUGCUCUGUGGAGUGCUGGACAAGGCGCACUAUGGGAGCUCUGCCUACGGCCUAGUCCACUGCUGCUAUGAGAUCUAUGGGGGUGAGACCAGUGGCAAGGUUCUUACCUGCUUGGCUCGUCUCUUCACUGCCUACCUUCAGCUCUACAGAGGAUUUACCUUGGAUGUGGAAGACAUUUUGGUUAAGCCAAAGGCAGAUGUUAAGAGACAGCAGAUCAUUGAAGAAUCCACUCACUGCGGACCUCGGGCUGUCAGGGUUGCGUUGAACCUACCAGAAGCUGCAUCAUGUGAUGAGGUCCGUGGGAAAUGGCAGGAUGCACACCUUGGCAAAGACCAGCGGGAUUUUAACAUGAUUGAUAUGAAGUUCAAGGAGGAAGUGAACCAUUACAGCAAUGAGAUUAACAAGGCAUGCAUGCCUUUUGGCCUGCACAGACAGUUUCCAGAGAACAACCUACAGAUGAUGGUGCAGUCUGGAGCCAAAGGUUCAACUGUGAACACGAUGCAGAUCUCUUGCCUGCUGGGACAGAUUGAGUUGGAAGGCCGGAGACCUCCACUGAUGGCAUCUGGCAAAUCAUUGCCCUGCUUUGAACCUUAUGAAUUCACCCCCAGGGCUGGUGGCUUUGUCACUGGAAGGUUUCUCACAGGUAUUAGACCUCCGGAGUUCUUCUUUCACUGCAUGGCAGGGCGAGAGGGCCUAGUAGAUACUGCUGUGAAAACCAGCCGUUCUGGCUAUCUCCAAAGGUGUAUCAUCAAGCACUUGGAAGGCCUGGUUGUCCAGUAUGAUCUGACAGUCCGUGACAGCGAUGGCAGCGUGGUGCAGUUCCUAUAUGGGGAAGAUGGCCUGGAUAUCCCCAAGACGCAGUUCUUGCAGCCCAAGCAGUUUCCCUUCCUGGCCAGCAACUAUGAGGUGAUAAUGAAAUCAAAGCAUCUCCAUGAAGUUUUGUCCAGAGCAGAUCCUCAGAAAGCUCUCCGUCACUUCAGAGCCAUUAAAAAAUGGCACAGCAAGCAUUCCACUGCCCAGCUAAGAAAAGGUGCCUUCCUGAAUUACUCCCAGAAGAUGCAGGCAGCUGUGAAAGCCUUGAACCUCGAGGGCAAGAACCAGAAUGGCCGCAGCCCAGAAACUCAACAGAUGUUACAGAUGUGGUAUGAGUUGGAUGAACAGAGCCGGUGGAAAUACCAGAAGAAAGCAGCCUCUUGUCCUGACCCCAGUCUGUCUGUGUGGCGCCCGGACAUCUACUUUGCAUCUGUCUCAGAAACAUUUGAAAAAAAGAUGGAUGACUACAGUCAAGAAAGGGCAGCUCAAGCAGAGAAGAAUUACAUGAAAUCAGAGCUUUCUCUCGACAGGCUGAGAACCUUGCUGCAGCUAAAAUGGCAGCGCUCACUGUGUGACCCAGGCGAGGCUGUGGGACUGCUGGCUGCCCAGAGCAUUGGGGAGCCCUCCACACAGAUGACUCUGAACACCUUCCACUUCGCAGGCAGAGGCGAGAUGAACGUCACCCUGGGUAUUCCAAGGUUAAGGGAGAUUCUCAUGGUGGCUAGUGCCAACAUCAAGACACCCAUGAUGAGUGUCCCCGUCUUCAACACCAAGAAAGCCCUGAAGAGAGUGAAGAGCCUGAAGAAGCAGCUCACCAGGGUGUGCCUAGGGGAGGUGUUGCAGAAAGUUGAUGUCCAGGAGUCCUUCUGCAUGGGGGAAAAACAGAACAAAUUCCGGGUGUAUGAGCUGAGGUUUGAGUUCCUGCCGCAUGCCUAUUACCAACAGGAGAAGUGCCUGAGACCUGAGGACAUCCUGCAUUUCAUGGAAACGAGAUUCUUUAAACUCCUGAUGGAGUGCAUCAGAAAGAAGAGUAGUAAAGAAUCGACCUUCAGAAGUGUGAACACACGAAGAGCUACACAGAAGGAUCUUGAUAAUGCUGAGGAGUCAGGGAGGGCUCGGGGAGAACAGGAAGGUGAUGAGGAAGAAGAGGGGAACAUUGUGGAUGCUGAGGCUGAUGAGGGGGAUACUGAUGCCUCUGACACUAAACGCAAGGAGAAGCAAGAGGAAGAGGUGGAUUAUGAGAGCGAGGAAGAGGAAGAGAAGGAAGAGGAGGAGGAGGAGGAGGAAACACCAGAAGAAGGGAACAUCCAUGGUGAAGGUGGUGCCCUUCAGGCCCAUGGUUCAGAUGAGGAAGUGGGCUCAGGCCUGGAAGAAGACUUGCCCCAGAAACCUCCCCGCCACCACCGGGGACCCCAGGGAGCUGAGGCUGUGCAGCGCCGGGUCCAGGCUGUGCGUGAGGCCCAUUCAUUCAUUGAAGACUACCAGUAUGACACCAAAGAAGGACUGUGGUGCCAGGUGACGAUGAAGCUCCCUCUGAUGAAGAUUAACUUUGACAUGAGCUCCCUGGUGGUGUCCUUGGCCCACAGUGCCAUUGUUUACACAACCAAGGGCAUCACUCGGUGCCUCCUGAAUGAAACAACUAACAGUGAGAAUGAGAAGGAGCUUGUGCUGAACACAGAAGGAAUCAACCUCCCAGAGCUGUUCAAAUACGCUGAGGUGCUGGACCUGCGCCGCCUCUACUCCAAUGACAUCCAUGCCAUGGCUAACACUUAUGGCAUCGAGGCAGCACUGCGGGUUAUCGAGAAGGAGAUCAAGGAUGUGUUUGCCGUGUAUGGCAUUGCAGUCGAUCCUCGCCAUCUCUCCUUGGUUGCUGAUUAUAUGUGUUUUGAGGGUGUUUACAAGCCACUGAAUCGCUUCGGGAUCCGGUCCAGCUCCUCCCCUCUGCAGCAGAUGACGUUUGAAACCAGCUUCCAGUUUCUGAAGCAGGCCACCAUGAUGGGAUCCCACGAUGAACUGAGGUCCCCUUCAGCCUGCCUUGUGGUGGGGAAAGUUGUCAAGGGGGGAACUGGCCUGUUUGAACUCAAGCAGCCCCUGAGAUAGCCACCAAGACAUUGUCUGCUCAGCCCUGAAGAUCUGGGUGCCAGCUGGUUGUCCUGCCGUGUGAGUGGACUGGACUCCAAGACAGUUGACAGUGUUUUUCCAGAGCACCUCAGUGACCUUGGCUUCUGGGCUAGGCUGGCAGUGUUCCCAUCCUCACCCUCCACAUCUCAAGGUUCCUCCGUGUCCUUCAGAGGUAGCCAAACCUUCUCAUGUGCUACAGGAAGAGCAAAGAAGGACAAGAAGCCCCAUGUUUACCAGAAAGACCAAGGUGGGCAAUAUUUUGGUGACCCCAGGCACCUUUACAGCAGGGAAGUGAGAUCUCUUUGGCUGUGAGUGGCCAGUGACUUCAGGUGGGCUUCUGAUGAGCAGAAACAUGAAACCUGCUGUACCUUCUCACUCCAGCCAAAUCCUCAGGGUCCUCCCAGGCUCUUUUCCUAGGCUAAGGGUCAUGUAGUAUAAUCCUGUAUCAGGCCACUUCUGUGCCUGAGGCAGAGCCCUAUCCCUGCUGCUGUGCUGCUUUGUGUCCUAGAUCAGACUGGCUCCAAGGCUAGGAGCCAUCUCUCCCAGGCCUUGGUAGGUAGCUCGCUCCCUCAAACUCCAGGUUCCCCCUGGGUCUACUGGGCCAAGUUGACUGGCUUUCAGGGUUCUGCUCUCUACUUGGCACCAAGCCCGUGGCCUCCCUGAAGGCUCUGCACUGUCUGGGAUCCUCCAGGUGCCCUCUCCCUGCAGCACAGCAGCAGAGAGGACUUGGACAGAGACUUUGUAAAACCAGAGCUGUUUCUAUUUUUGUCUAAUGUUAUUUCAACUCAGGCUGAGUAAUAAACAUUGCUAAGAACUA